ACAGAAACAAAACAAUCCACUGCAGUUUCACCACGUCAAGAAUCAGUCAUCGAAGUAGAAUUUGUGACUGCAAAUUUUACGUUGCAAAGUUAUAAAAUCGCUGUGCACUAAAACGUUUUUUCUGUACCAUCAACCUUACCUUGUUAAUGUAAAAGACAGAAAUUUGAAAUGUGUUGUGUUUGCGGAGAACCGUCGCCGAAUCUGAAGGAUGGACCCCCGAAACAGUCCCGCUUAGCGAGAAGGAGCACGCCCAAGAAAUGGCGCUACCAAAUGAAUAGCUUUCACUAUUUCAUCAUCUUUGCAAGUGGUUCGUUGUUUUCCGGAUUGAUGUUCGGUUUGUUAAAUUACGCUCCGAGAUACGUGCUGCUUCCGACACGUAGUGCACCCCAUCACCUUCCUGAUGGGAAGUUCUUGCAGAUAGCGGAUGAAGUACGGGUCCUGGAACCUUAUUUCCCAGCAGUUCGGAUGGCGGGCGGUGGGUUGGGUGACGGUAAGAAUGGAAGUGGGAAGACCAGGGUUAGUCCGAAUGAUGCUAAUGAGCUGGAGGCGCUUAGUUCCCUGAAGGUGGCAAUGGAGAUGAAAAUAAUGGGGAAGGAUGAUAAGGCGGCCCGAUUGUUCCAACAUGCGUUGGCACUGUCGCCAAAGCAUCCGGAGAUAUUGACUAAGUAUGGGGAGUUUCUGGAACACAAUCAGCAGGAUGUUGUCAAGGCGGAUCACUAUUACUAUCAGGCUCUGACGGUGAAUCCUGCGCACACGGAAGCGUUGGCAAAUCGCCAACGAACGGCUCAGAUUGUAGAACAUUUGGACCAGAAACGGUUCGAGAGGUUGGAUCAGAAGCGAGAUGCCCUGUCGUCAGUCUCAGCCACGAACGUGGCACUAAAGAGGGCCGAGAAGGAGGCGUACAUUCAGCACAUUUACCAUUCGAACGGUAUCGAGGGCAAUACGAUGAGCUUGGCACAGACCAGAUCGAUUCUCGAAACGAGGAUGGCCGUCGAUGGGAAGAGUAUCGAUGAGCAUAACGAGAUUUUGGGACUGGAUGCUGCUAUGAAGUACAUCAAUGCGACGUUGGUCAAUAAAAAUGAUUUUAUAACGCUGAAAGACAUCUUGGAAAUCCAUCGGCGUGUACUCGGUCAUGUGGAUCCAAUUGAAGGAGGCGAGUUUCGGCGAUCGCAAGUUUACGUCGGUGGUCACGUGCCGCCUGGUCCUGGCGAUUUGUCGAUUUUGAUGAGCCGAUUCGAGAAUUGGCUCAACUCGAAUCAGGCAUUUCUUCUCCACCCGGUGAAGUACGCGGCAAUAGCCCACUACAAACUGGUUCACAUUCAUCCGUUUAGUGAUGGAAAUGGCAGAACUUCGCGGUUAUUGAUGAAUACUCUGCUGAUGCGGGCUGGCUAUCCCCCAGUCAUCAUACAGAAACAACAUCGCCACAAGUACUAUGACUAUCUGCAGGUGGCGAACGAGGGAGACAUUCGUCCAUUCGUACGAUUCAUAGCGGACUGUACUGAGCGCACAUUGGAUCUCUAUCUUUGGUCCACCAGUGAAUUGUCGCAUCCGGUUCCGUUGCUGGCUCAGGAAAACAUGCCGGAAGGGGUUCCGCUGAUUAACAAUUUUGAGGAGGACGCUACGAUCGAAGGGAGCGGUGCUGGAGAUGCCAUUCGGAUAGGGACCAUUUGAUAUUUGCUUGCCUCUGUGCUUACGAUAGCAAUAGUGAUCCUUCUUUUACGUCAAAACGCCAGACCGAUCGUAACGCUGAUUGCAAUCUAGGAGAAUUUUAAAACCUAUUUUCUGAUCUAUGCCAAAUGCCGGAACCGUUGGGAGAUGCCGUGUGGUAAGUAUGUGUCAUGUAGCUAAAUCAAUUUUACAAAACAUUGGGGGAAGAGGAAAGGUUGUAAAAAAUUUCAAUCCUCAGCUACGUUUUCUCGUUGAUAAAAGUUACAAGCGUGAUCAAUCGUUACCAAAAAUCCUAAAGAUUAGCCGGUUAGUCAUUGCUCCCCAGUUUUAAUUUGGUAACCUUAAUACUGUUAAUGUUCUUUUAUUUGUUUGUAUAAAUGUGUAAAUAAAAUAGAUAAUAUGUUUUAUUGAAUAAAAAACGGCGCUUCGAGUUGGUAUGAAGACGCACAAAUUUGAA